GCCCUAAAGCAGUGCCCCACAAGAGAGGGGACAGGACGUGGGGAGUUCACAGGCAUAGCAUGCAAACGGCCGGAGGUUCUCCACACCAGUCCCUGCCUUUGAUCAGGGACUUUUGGCUGAUUUCUUCUUCCUGCUCUGCAGACCCGUACCCAGGGCUGGGGUGAUGGCUGGGGCUCCCUACGAUGCACGGUGCAGAGGGAUGAGGAUGAUUGGGUUCAGCCAGAGGCCGGUGGCUCCUGGGUGGAGCUGCCUGGUUCCACAUCUGGACAGAUGUGCGCUGAGAACAAUCAGGGGUUGUUCUGCUGCAGCUGCCCUUGGCCCGACUGCAUCCACUGUGGGCGGUGGGGAGGGCUCAGCCCCCGGCACUGCAUGGGUCCAGAGCCACUGUCUGUCUGUCCAGGAGGAACCGCAGCCCAGAGGCAACAAAAUGCUCUCCAUGGUAUGAGCUGCUAAAGGGCAACCCCAGGAAAAGUCAGGCUGCUGUGUCUUUAGAUAUAAUCACAUAUAUAUGGAAUAUGCAAGUAGGGGGAAAAUGUUAUUAUCUAUCAUUCUGCCAGGCACAUCUAGGAACAAAGCAACCGCUCUACUGCUGCACCCAUAACAGAGCCAGCCCAGCUUGGGCUGAGACACAGCAGCUCUCUUCCAGGCCCACUGGGGAUGUGUCACUGAGGAGCACAGCUCUGUGUCCCUGCUGGGGACAAGGGAAGAGCUGCAUCCACCCCAGCUCCCACCCAGAGCUUUGCUUUGUGCCCCCCACCCAAGGGCUGAGCAGUGAGAGCACAGUGGUUGUGUCUCAGGGUGCACAGGAAGGGGUUCCUUACUUGUGGUCCUGGGGUCCUCAGUGGGAGUUGGGGUGUCCAGGCUGUGGGCACAUCCCUGGCACAGGGCGGAGGACGAGCAGCUCUAUGUGGGGAACUCCUGCAGAGCCCUCUGCUCUCCCAAGCACAGCGUUCCUUCCUGAUGCUUCAUUUCCACGGUGGUUUCAGUGGAUCACCUGAGCCCUCAUGCAGCCCUGCCUCCUCCCACUCCAGCGGUUUCUCUUUCCCUUCCUUGUGGUUUUGUGCAGUUUUUCCCCUCCAUGGUCGUAUAUGUCUCCUUUCACACUUCCGCAGCUGCUGACACCCCCUCUCUCUAUCUCCUUCCCCCGUCCAUGCCACAGCCUAUUUAUGGGGCUCUGUGCAGGGGCUGGAGCAGAGCGGUGGAGCUGCGAGCAGGGCUGGCGGUGCCACCAUGCGGAGUGUCUGUGGGGCAGGAUGCCUGCUGUUCUGCCUGCUGCCGGCCAUCCUCAGGACCCAGGCUGGUGGGGAGGCGAAGCCCAGGCCUCCACCGUGCCAGCAGAGCCCCACAGAGGUGUCCUGCAGGGCUGCUGGGCUGCACAGUUUUCCCAAGGACCUUCCCCAAGGAGUGAAGCACCUCGAUCUGUCCCACAACCUCCUUCAGAACCUGUCGGAGAGCCGCCUGCCUGCACUGGGGCAGCUCGAGCACCUGGACCUGCGCUCCAACCGCCUGGAGGCCAUCUCAGGGUCGGUGCUGGCCCAGCUGCCACGGCUGCACUCGUUGCUGCUGGGCUCCAACCGCCUGCACCAAAACCGUCAGGACAACGCGGUGACUUUCAGUGCACUGCAGAGUAUAGAGGUGCUGGACCUGUCGGCCAACGGCUUGGAGAGCCACAUGGUGAGGGGGUCCCUGAGUGGCCUCACUACACUGCAGGUGCUGCACCUGCAAGGAAACAGGCUGAGGCAGCUGCCGGCGGGCAUCUUCCAGGGCUCCCCGCGGCUGAGUGAGCUGGAUCUCAGCAACAACUACAUCAUGGACAUCGAGGAGGGAGCGUUUGAGGCAUUGCGGGAGCUGGUGGUGCUCAGCCUGGCCCUGAACUCCCUGCACUGCCUCUCCAGCUUCAACCUGCGGCAGCUGCAAGUCCUGAACCUGAGCCAUAACGCCCUGGAGCUGUUUGGCUGGGAGGAGGGAGGGGGUCCCUACCUGCUCCGGGUCCUCGACCUGAGCCACAACCGACUGCUCUCCUUCCCACAGCUCCCAGCCGCUCACCGCCUCGUGCACCUCAACCUCUCCCACAACUCCAUCACUUCCCUGGACCCCAGCUCACACCACCCAGCCCAGUUUGCGCUGCGCUACGAGGAGAUGGUGAGCUUCAGCACCUCGCUGGGCACCGCAGCCAGCCUGGCCCGCCUGGCCGAGCUGGACCUCAGCUACAACUGCCUGCAGCUGCUUCCGCUGCUGUUUUUCCGUGCCAUGCAUUCCCUGUUCACUCUCAGCGUGGCCAUGAACUGCCUCCAGGACAUCACUAUGGAGCUGCUGACCAGGGACGGGGAUGGGGACAGGAAUGGCACAGCUGUGUGGCAGGAGAACGCAGUGCUCUCCGUGCGCUCCAUGGACCUCCAUGGCAACGCCAUCCGUGCUCUGCCUCGUUGGUUCUUUGAUGCCCUGCCCCAGUUGGAAGCCAUCGACCUGGGCUCCAACAGCCUUCAGCCCUGUGGGAGUGACACGGGGGAGAUAUCAGGAGGGGGCUCUCCAAGGGCAGAACCCUGCACCGCCUUCCACACCAUCCCCCACCUGCAGCACCUCAGCCUUCGCAGGAACAGCCUCACCCAGCUGCUGCCCCGCACCUUCAGCCGAACGCCACUCCUCUCCUUGGACCUGUCUGAGAACCAGGGCCUGGCCGUGCCACGGGUGGCACUGGAGGGGCUGGAGCACUCCCUGCAGCAGCUCUGGCUGCGGGGGAACCGCAUGGACAACAGCGGGGCUGAGAUCCCCUGCUUGGAUGAGCUCAGGGUGUUGGACCUCUCGGGCAACCGCCUGAGCCUUCUGCCCACGGGUUUGUUCUGCUCCCCACUGCAAACCCUGGAUGUCAGCGGUAACCAGCUGCCAGCGCUGCCCAAGCAGGCACUGGUGGGGUGGACCCGCAGCCUGCAGACACUGUGCCUGGCAGGGAACCCUUUCCAUUGCUGCGAGCUGGGCUGGCUGGAUGCUCUGCAGGCAGCUGGUGUGCAACUGCCCGACCUGCACUGCGCACGCUGCAUCCACCACAGCAUCGCAAACAGGACAGCACCACUCAGCAGCCACCCGCCGUGGCCGUGCCCACAGCCCUGGGAUGGCAGCUCAGUGCUGGUGCUGGCAGCCCUGCUGGGUGUCCUGCUGUGUGCAGGCUGCAGGGUGUGCUGGCUGCGGGGCCACGGGAUGGGCAUCCUGCUGCCCCAGCCCCAAACAGACAGAGUGGCCGAGGGGAGGCCAGCACAGAGCAACACUGAAGUAUAGCCAGGAGAACCAACUGCAGCUCUGUGUUGUCAAUAAUACUAUUAAUAUGAUUAUAUUUCAGACACCUCUCCCAACACUCUGCGGUCUGCGGAUGUGAUCGCGCACACCCAGCGCUGGGCAGGCACCAGGCAGAGCUGGGUUCCUGCAGCCCAUUCUUUGCAGGGAGGAAGUUGCCCCAUCCGCAGGGCCAUGAGCAGUGUCAGGAGAGGUUCUGCCCUCUGCUCAUGGGAAGGGAAUUGUCCCUGCAGCCAGGAGCGUGGUGCCACCACCGUGAGUUCGGCAGCCCGGCUCCCAGCUGGCACACGUAGGGUCAGCAAAGGAUGGACGAGGCAGCAGACGGGUGCUGGCUUUGCCAAGGGGCUGAGAAAUCAAGGAGAGCAACCAAAGAAGGACAAAGAGGGACUGAGGUGUGGAAAUCAAUCCAGGGAAACGGUGCAUGGUCCUCUGCAUCUGUGUCUGAUUCAACAAGCUGCUCUCUGGGCUGCAUCCCACGGUUGCUCCCAGGAGAGCCCCAUGGUUUUGGUGUUAGAAGCUUUCUCUUGGUUGAACAUGAGGUUGAGAGAUCUGAAGGAUGUUGGUACCAAACUGAAAUGUUUGUGUCAAAAAGCUGUGUCAAAGUGAUUUGUGCCCAGCUGUGGGACAAUGCAACUCCUAGUCUGAGAGGAGCACUGUGGCUGACAGCAUUACAGAUUUUCUAGAAAAUCAGUUGAGAAAUCCAGCAAAACUAAUUCUUUCCAGUGGAAACCUUUCACAUGUCACUGAAUCACUCCAUUUUCAAAGUAAAAGAAAUUUUAUCAGAAGUUCCCAACUGGCUGCUCUGCUAACUUACGUGGAAAUCACCUUGUCUACAACUAACUCGAGUUAAUAGUUGAGCUUUAUCCCCUUUUCUCCAUGGGAUCAGGAGCCUGGUUGGGAGCUGUGGGAUGCAGUGGGCAGAGUCCCCCUCGUGCUGCCCCUCUGAUGGGCACAGCCCACACCUCCCCCAGCUCUGCUGUAGGAUAACACACACUUGGGCUGCUGUGCUCCCACUCUGUGUUGCACCCAACUCACACAGCCACGCACGGCCACGACAGCAGAGCUGCUGCUGGAGCUGUCCCUACUUUUGAGUUUUUGCUGCUUCUGAUCUUAAAGCCACCACCCCUGUACUGCAUGCAGGUGGGAUUUAUGUUUCCAGCAGCUGUGGUGUUCGCUCUGUGGCUUCGGGAUGGGACCGGGGCUAAUGGCAGCGCCUCUUCCCCGUCCCAUCCCCAUCUGCACAUCCUCCAGGACCUCUGCCCUGUGCCCUCCUCCCGCAGGACGGUGCCACCGCUGCUUCCCAUUAUCACUCCGUACCGCCGCCUCUGCUGCGUGACUCAGUGCCACCCCCGCCAGCCACUCCUGCCUCAUUGGUGAGGUCGAGCGUGUCAUGCAUGACACUCUUUUCGUCUUUGCUGGGGCUCUGGCCAGACGGGGACCCGCACCUCCCUCUGGCAGCCACAGAGCUGCUGGCAGCGAGCGGGGAGGGAAGGCAGCUCCCAGGCAUCCCCUGCCUUGUUCAGAUGCAGACAGCUGUUGUGCAGCUGGGUGCCCCCACCCCGCCGCCUUCUAUCCUGGUGCCCUGGGGACAGGGCGUGCAGCAGAGCCCAGUCUGUGCUGGGACACUUCUGUCACAAUCGCCCCAUGGCAGUGUCCCCACGUGCUCUGUUCCCUUUGAGCUGCACGCCCGUGGUCUCUGUCCCCAGUUGUAAGGUGCCGCUGACCCAGGCAGAGCUGAGCGAGUGCCACGGGAAGCAGAGACAGACCACUAUUGUGUGUCAGUGUCCCAGCAGCUCAGCUGAUGGGCUCCUCAGGAAGGUCGCUGCCUCCCUCAGCCUGUGCUGAGGUCACCGACACCUCGGAAAGAGGAAGGAGGUGGUUUGGCUGAAGUCAAUUGUCACAACCACCACCACAGGGGCGCCUCCGGUACCACCCGCAGCCCACGACAUGACAGAGGUGGGCCUGGGGGCCGGAGCGGAGGCCACACUUCACAGGUGUCCCCCCCGCUCUCACACCGUACCUGUCCCCAGCUGUGCAUCACUGCACUUUCUCCCAGAGAGAGAAGAGGACGCCUUUCCCAGGCUGGGAAUCCCCUUCCUCACCUCCUCCUGCCUCAAGGCAGCUCCGCAUGGAAGUGGAAGAGGUAUUUUUAGCGCUUGCCCUGCA